UCAUUUUUGCUGUGAGGAUAACUUCAGGAUAAAUCAGCUACUGCCUGUGUCUGAACCGGAGAAACACUUCAAAGUGGCAUCAAAACAAAGCCAAGUCCCAUUCUUGGUGUUGUAUCGAAGCCCCACAUAACUGCUGUUUUGUUCUUUUGCUUCACGGAGUCCGCAUUUUGGGGAAACACAAUGCAGAGAAGGAAUCCAAGAGGGAGGAGGAUGAGAACAGCUCUCCGGGCCCGAGAGGGUACUCGGGAUUACUGAGGAGAGUUUUGAUUUCUGUGAUUCCAGGUGUAGACCCCACACUUUAAAACAUGGCGGCCACAGGCAACGUGACUGAAAUCAUUUUCUUGGGAUUUUCCCAGAACGAGAACGUGCAGAAGGCCCUUUGUGUGAUGUUUCUCCUCAUGUACGCAGCUGUCUUGCUGGGCAAUGGCUUCAUCGUGGUGACCAUCGUGGCCAGCAAAGGGCUGGCCUCCCCCAUGUACUUUUUCUUGGGCUUCUUGUCCCUGGUGGAGCUCUGUUACUGCUCGGUCACGGCUCCCAGGCUCAUCCUGGACUCUUUCAUCCAGAGGAGAGUCAUUUCCCUGCACGGCUGCAUCACGCAGAUCUUCUUCCUGCACUUCUUUGGCGGCACUGAGAUCUUUCUCCUGACGGUGAUGGCCUACGACCGCUACGUGGCCAUCUGCAAGCCCCUGCACUACGUCACCGUCAUGAACCGGCGGGCCUGUGGCCUCCUGGUGGGCGCUGCCUGGGGAGGGGGCUUGCUGCAUUCUGCCGGGCAGACCGUCCUCAUCUUCCAGCUGCCUCUCUGUGGCCCCAACGUCAUUGACCACUACUUCUGUGACGUGCACCCUGUGCUGAAGCUGGCCUGCUCAGACACCUUCCUGCCCAGCCUGCUGAUCAUCCUCAAUGGCGGCUCCAUCUCGGUGGUCAGCUUCGCGGUGCUGCUGGCCUCCUACACGGUCAUCCUGCGCUCGCUGAGGAGCCGCACUUCUGCCGGGCGUCGCAAGGCCCUCUCCACCUGCGCCUCUCACCUGGCGGUUGUGGGCCUCUUCUUCAUCCCCUGCUCCUUUGUCUACAUGAGGCCCUGCGUCUCCCUCCCUGUGGACAAGAUAGUGGCCGUGUUUUACACGGUGGUCACACCCCUCUUGAAUCCAGUCAUCUACUCCUUCAGGAACGCAGAGGUCAAAGAUGCCAUGCGGAGACUCACGAGGAGGAAAGCGGUUUGGGGAGAGAAGUAG